CGCGGCAACGGCAUUCAGUUGAUAACAAGCGAACAAGCGAUAUAAGCGAAACAAACGCUUCACAAGUGAUUUCUGAGCGAUUUUCUUCGGAGUUUUGAAGGUAGAAAGUUCACAAUCAAAGAUGUCUCUGCUACCAUAUUUGUUCAACGACUUUUACCGCCCCCGUCGCCUUUUGGACCAACAUUUCGGACUCGGCUUGACUCCUGACGACCUCCUAACUGUUGCUGCUGGUCCGUUACUCACGAGGGAAUACUACAGGCCUUGGAGACACCUCGCAGCCGCAGCCAGGGACCUCGGAUCCAGUAUUAAGGCCGACGAUGACAAAUACCAGAUCAAUUUGGAUGUUCAACACUUCUCGCCUGAAGAGAUCUCCGUGAAGACAGCAGACGGGUAUAUUGUGGUUGAGGGCAAGCACGAGGAGAAGAAGGACGAGCACGGCUACAUCAGCCGGCAGUUCGUGCGGCGGUACGCGCUGCCCGAGGGCGCGGCGCCGGAGACCGUGGAGUCGCGCCUCUCCUCCGACGGCGUGCUCACCAUCACGGCGCCCAGGAAGGUGCCCGAAGCCGUCAAGGGCGAGAGGAAAGUGCCCAUCGCGCAGACAGGACCCGUGCGCAAGGAAAUCAAAGACCAGGCCAACGGCACUGAGGAAAAGAAGGAAAAUUAAGUAUUCUUCAUCACUCAUCUCCGUUGUCUUCGAAUAUUUUUGAGUUGUUACCAAUUUUGCAAGAAACAAAAUGGUGCGUGUAAUUUGUUGUCCCAUAACUGUACAGUUACUACCAAGAGACUGAUUUGUAUUAUUUGUUAAUUUUAAGAAAUAAAUGUUUAAGAAAUUAAAAUGA